CAGCGCAGGGAGGACCUCAAAGUGCUGCAGCGGUCCGGUCCCGUGUGAUGAAGAGAGCCGUGUGUUCGGUGGAGCGCGCGUUCCGGUGCAGGGCCAGCGCUGGAGCGGCAGGGUGACAUGUGGCGUUCGUAGCCCGGUCUCGGUCACAUGGUGCGGGGAUGGUCAGCGCGGAACAGCCCCGUAUUCAGACGUGUGUGUAGCAGCCUUGUACUGUGCACUUCAUAAUAAGGACCUGCUGACACGCUGGGGAUUCCCGCCUCAGCAUGCCCCACAAGAGCAAGAAGGACAAGGAAUCCUCCAAGUCUGGAAGGUCGAAGAAAUCUGAUAAGAAUGGGCCCUCAGACCAAGACGGUAAGAAGGUGCCGCCCGCUGCCCAGCUCCUCCGGGUGAAACAGCCGGGGUCACACUCGGCCGUGAAGCGUGAGAAGCGCUUCAGCACAUCCACGUUUCCUCUGAGUGCCAACAGAGAGCUGCAGAAACUCACCCCAAUCGUAGCACUACAAGAAUUUCUAGAUGAUCAAGUGUUCAGUUCGUCUCAUGACCUCAAAGGAAACUAA